AUGCGUGUAAGCGCGAGUCACGACAACAAAAACAACAACAACAAAGGAGGAAAAGGAAAAGGAGGGACGAAAAGAAAGACGAGGAGGGCUUUUAGGAGCAAAAAUGUCCGAAACGUCGUCGUCAGAGCAAAGCAAAACGAUAAGGAUGACGAGGACGAAAACGACAGAAGAAUGGCAAAAUUGGCAAAACUCGAGAAGGUGUUUCUGAUAGUGUUCAACUCCGGACAGGCGAACGAGGCGUUGUACACGACAUCUUCGAGAGAGUUCGACGUUCCUCGAAACGAUUUUCUAUGCUUCGCAUCCAUGCGAGACGCUUUGAGAGCGUCCGUGUUAAUAAGCGAGCAGACGGAUUUGAUGCCGGUCGUCGAAGGCGUGAGCGCGGACGUGGUUUUGUUCUUGUGCUCGAGGAGUGGGUUCGGCGCGGAGGUGAUCGGAGAAGGGGAAAGAUGGACGCCUCCCGGGGUGGUGAUUGAAGAUGAUGAUGCGUUAGUUGAGGAUAUGAGUAGUGAUAGUAGGAGUGACGGUAGUAGUAGUAGCGGAGAAGAAGAGUUAGCAAUAUCCUCGGCGGAUUUAGAAAAGUAUUUAGCGGACGGUGGAUCUUUUCGGGAGGAGAUUCGUGAACAGUUCUAUGAUGACGACGACGACGACGACUCGGUAGAAGAAGAACAAAAAGAAACGAAGGAAGUGACUGCUGCAGAUCUCGAAGACGCCCGACGCAUCGCCGCGUACGCGGUUCAAUCCGCCGCGGCCAAACCAAUCAAAGCGUUAUCCGACGCGUUUGAGCGCACGGCUCGACUCUCGACGUUGAAAUCUAUUUUACGACGCAACGCGAACAAAGUUUCCGCGACGACGAACGGCGCGCUGAUGAACGCAUUACAAAACGUCGCUCGAAAGAGGAUGAUGACGAAACCAAAGAAUGAGGAUUUUUAG